ACUUUGGGUCUCCCCCCCUCCUCCUCUCCCCGUCCAUGCAAGUGCUUCUUUAUGAGUUUGCAAGCACUGGGAGAUCUAGAGGGAAGGUCUCUGAGCGCGAGCCAAGUUUUUAUGUCUUGGUUUUCAUUCAGUGGAUGCUCAGUGGCCCUUGGAGCAGCUUGGAUUGAACGGUUGACCGGCUGGCUAACAGGUGGCCCUUUGGGGGAUACAGUGAGAGCACUGUGUGGGAGCGCCGCUGCACGCUGAGACAUUUUGGAGGACCGUUAGCCCCGGAGCCAGCAGCAAUGUCGAGGAGGAUCCAGACGGGGUUGCUUCUCCUGGUUCUCUGUGCCGGGAGCUUGGACGCCUGGUGGUGGUACACAGCUCCGGAGACCACCACGGAGGCCCCGGGGGACAAGACGACGCCGGCAGGAACGACGGCUGCCGCCGCGGAAGAGGAGGAAGAGGAUGACAACUUGUCCGGGGUCGGGGAAGAAAUCCUCAACGUGGCCACGGGAAUCCGUAAGUUUGUCGAGGCGUGGGACGCAACCCCGGCCCCGACCGCCAGGACUACUAACGGAGGCCUGACAGAGAAGGUGGAGAGCGCUAACCCUAACACCACGGGCAUCUCUUUGCUCCAGCUAAUUGGAGACCCGCCGCCGGAUGAGAUUGGCCGCAGCUACGGGCCGGGGGGAGAAACGGCCUACGUCUUCACCCCCGCGGCGGUGUCGGGCCAGCCGGCCCUGGCCCACGUCCCCAACCCUUUCCACCGCCACUUCUCUCUCCUCUUCCACGUCAAGCCGUCCACCCCCGCGGCCGCCGUCCUCUUCUCCAUCACCGAUGGGCCCCAGAAGCUCAUGUACAUCGGCGUCAAGCUCGGCGCGGUGCGCUCCGGCCGCCAGGCGGUGCAGUUCUUCUACACCGAGCCCGACUCGGAGGCUUCGUACCAGGCGGCCAGCUUCCAGGUGCCGAGCCUGGUGGACACCUGGAGUCGCUUCUCGCUCGCCGUCUUCGAGGAGCAGGUGACCUUCUACCUGGGCUGCGACUCGGAGCCGCAGGUGGUAAAGUUUGAGCGUUCGCCGGAUCCCAUGGAGCUCGACACGGGCGCCGGGAUCUUUGUGGGUCAGGCAGGAGGAGCCGACACCGACAAGUUCCAGGGUGAGAUUGCAGAUCUGAGAGUGGUGGGAAACCCUCGGGCUGCCGAGCGUUUGUGCGACGACGAGGACGACUCUGACGCCGCGUCUGGUGACUUUGGCAGCGGCGACGGCGACAGGAGACAAACAGGAAACACCGUGAAGACCACCCCUGCUUCCCUCCGGCCGGUACCUGAACCCCCUCUGAUAUCCUCAACCGGAACCAGACUCAAAGAAACAGGUCCCGGCGGCGCUAAAGGGGAGAAAGGCGACAAAGGAGCAAAAGGCUCAGUGGGGGACACGGGCCCCGCAGGGCCGAAGGGAGACUCAGGCUCCAGCAUCACUUCCUCUGGUUCGUCCUCUCAGGGCGGAGAACGCGGACAGAAGGGAGAAAAAGGUGCAAAGGGUAGUUCUGGCUUCGGAUACUCCGGUAAUAAAGGAGAACGUGGGGCCCCGGGGCCUCCGGGGCUCCCCGGUCCCCCCGGUCCUGCAGCGGAGGUGGUUCGGCUCGGGGAUGGCUCUGUGGUGCAGCAGGUGUCUGGACCCCCCGGACCGCCGGGACCACCGGGGUCAGACGGGGCCCCAGGACCUGCAGGAACCGAUGGAGAACCUGGCGAUCCAGGAGAGGAUGGAAAGGCUGGUCCCGCUGGGCCACGAGGGUUACCAGGAAACACAGGAUCUGCUGGAGCUAAGGGCCAAAAGGGGGAGGUUGGAGAGGGUCAACCAGGACCCAGAGGCCCCCCAGGUCUACCAGGACCGCCCGGAUCGGGCACCGGGGACCGGCCCACGUUCUUUGACAUGGAGGGCUCGGGAUUCCCAGACCUGGACAAAAUACGGGGUGCCCGUGGUCCUCCAGGCCCCCCAGGCCCCCCCGGCCCCCCUGGGGUCUCAGUGGCUCUGGGACCCAACGGUCCCGUAGUGUUUGGACCCCCUGGACCACCAGGACAGGACGGAGCCCCCGGUCUGCCUGGCCCCCCCGGUCCUCCCGGUAAACCUGGUCAACCCGGACUCAGAGGAGAGAAGGGGGACUCUGGUGAUCUUGGUCUUCCUGGUGCAGCUGGUGCAAAGCAAACCUCGCAAGACUCCAACUUUUUCACGGGCCUGUUUUCUUACUUUGCUCCAUCCUCUACGGGUGCUCAGGGUGAUCUAGGAGCGCAGGGCACAUCGGGGCAGAUCGGGCUGGCAGGGCUUCCAGGUCCCAUGGGACCAGUUGGACCCCCUGGACCCCCCGGGCCACCGGGGCCACCGUACGGCGUUGGUCAUGAUGGCUACGAGACGAACAACGGCUGGUCUGGACUCAGUGGCCCACCUGGACCACAGGGUCCAGCUGGUUUCCCAGGGUUGCCUGGUAGGGCAGGUUUGCCCGGUAACCAUGGAGACAAAGGAUCAGAGGGACCAAGAGGACCUCCGGGGAUACCCGGUCUCGACGGGCUCCCAGGACAGCCGGGUGAAAGGGGAGACAGAGGAGAGAAAGGAGAGAGGGGUCUGCCAGGGCGAGACGGAGUGCUACCUGGACCUCCAGGGCCUCCCGGACCUCCAGGACAAGUCAUCUACCAGACGAGCGAUUAUAAUGACCUUUAUUGGAGCGAAGGGUUGCAGGGAGGAAGUGGUAUUCCGGGUCGAGCAGGAUUCCCGGGGCCCUCCGGACCAAAAGGAGAAAAGGGAGACUCGGGUCCUCCAGGAUAUGCACCUAAAGGGGAGAAGGGAGAGCCUGGUAUCAUCCUGGGACCUGAUGGGAGACCCCAGUACCUCGGUGGUUUGGCAGGACGGCCGGGCGAUAGUGGACCCCCUGGCCCUGUGGGACCUCCGGGUCCUCAUGGUCCCCCCGGCCAUAAGGGAGAGAUUGGAUUUCCAGGUAGACCGGGUCGACCCGGGCUGAAUGGCGCCACAGGACAGAAGGGAGACUCAGGCACUGCAUCUGGAUCUGGUUACCCUGGUCCUCCAGGUCCACCGGGCCCCCCUGGACCUCCCGGACCCUCUGUUCCCAGCGACAGACUCGGAGGAUUGGACUCCAGAUAUUACCAAGCUCUUAAAGGAGAGAAAGGUGAUCGUGGACUUCCAGGGACACUUGAAAUCCAAGGCGCAGGGGGAACCAUUGACAUUUACACGCUAAGGAAUGAGUUGAAAGGUGAAACGGGCAGCCCGGGCUACAAAGGAGAGAAAGGAGAACCGGGUGGAGGAUAUUAUGACCCCCGCUACGGAGGGAGUGGAGUCGGAGCCCCAGGAGUGCCUGGACCUCCUGGUCCAAGAGGCGACUCAAUCGUUGGCCCACCCGGCCCCCAGGGGCCACCUGGUCAACCAGGAAGAGGCUACGAUGGGCAACCUGGGCCACCGGGGCCGCCUGGACCUCCAGGAGCAUCCUUACCUGGAAGUUACAGGGGCACACAGACUAUCAAUAUUCCCGGACCACCAGGACCACCUGGAGUGCCUGGUCUACCUGGACAGUCAUCAGGGGUGACGGUGUUUAGGUCUUAUGACACCAUGACAGCCAUCGCUAGGAGACAACCUGAGGGCUCUCUGGUGUACAUCAUUGAGCAAACCGAUCUCUACUUACGGGUCCGAGAUGGAAUUCGUCAAGUCCAGCUUGGCGGCUACAUUGCUUUACCCAGUGAUGAUGGUAAUGACGUUGCGGCUGUGGAGCCCCCACCAGUCGUCCCCUACUCCCCAGACCACCACUCCAACACCGACACCUCCGCCCACGACUCCCAAAGGCCCCCUGAGAGUCCGGUCCACCCGGGCUCUGGGCAUCAGUCACACCCGGACCCUCGAUACCCAUCACACCCUGACCCCAGAUACCCAACCCACCCUGAUCCCCGAUACCAACCUGACGCGCGGUACCAGCCCGACCCUCGGUUCCCAGCACCCACAGAUCCCAGGUUUCCAAGCUACUCCGAACGGGUAAAUCAGCCAGACGGCAGGUAUUCUGUCCACACGGCCCCGGACGCUCGCUACCCGGUCACCCCCCAGCGAAGACCACCUCCUCCCGUGCCCCAGACUCCAGUCCACCAUCACACCUCAGGUCCCGGGCUCCACCUGAUUGCACUGAACGUCCCUCAGACGGGCGGGAUGCGGGGCAUCCGAGGCGCAGACUACCAGUGCUUCACUCAGGCUCAGGCCAUCGGGAUGAAGGGAACUUUCCGGGCCUUCCUGUCUGCCAAACUCCAGGAUCUCCACAGCAUCGUCCGCAGGGCCGACCGGGACCGUUUCCCAAUAGUCAACCUGAAGGACGAGGUUCUGUUCGACAGCUGGGAAGCCAUCUUCAAUGGCGGCAGGAUGAAGGACAACGUGCCGAUCUACUCCUUUGAUGGCAAAGACGUUCUCAGUGACGGCACAUGGCCAGAUAAGAUGAUGUGGCACGGGUCGACCGGCGGCGGGCAGGCGCACGCCGACAGCUACUGCGAGAUGUGGCGCGUGGGCGAGCGGGCGCUGAGCGGCAUGGCCUCGUCGCUGCAGAGCGGCAGCCUGCUCCAGCAGAGCUCCAGCAGCUGCUCCAACUCCUACGCCGUGCUGUGUGUCGAGAACAGCUACGUCGGCCACGCCAAGAGAUAGACACACGCAAUGCGCACACACACACACACACACACACACACGCAAUGCACACACAACACUGGACAAAGGGGAAAGCAGUCACACAUGCUUCUGUCCUCACAUACUUUUCUAUCUAUUGUAAAUACGUUUUUUUUCCUUAGGAAUAGUUAGUUGAUGUUUGUUUAUGUUGGUGCUACACAGGAUUCUUCAACGGUGUGUUUCCGAAAGGGCCGUUUUGUUGUCUGUGAAUGGGUCAUGUAUUUGUUGUUUGGGACUCGUCAGCUCAUGGGUCGCUAUAAUGUUGAUAUGGAUAUUAAAUUAGCACGCUUGGUGCUAGCUGGUAAAGCCCAGUUUUAUUGAGAGGCAUUGGGAUUCAGAAACAGUGACUACGUUUACAUGCACAUAAUAUUCAGUUUUUUGCCCUUAUUUCGGAAAAGACGACAUUCCAACUAAGCUGUUUUCUAAAUCUGCUUCAGUGGGGAAAUCUGUUUUCUCGUCUUCCUGCAUACAUAUAACCAAAAAAAACUGUCAUUAACAUUCACAAUUUACAACUCAAGCAGUGUUAAUAAUGAUUUUUUUCCCCCAGGUUUCCUGUGGCUUAAAUCCCACAUUUACUCUUUAUAUACAUAUUUGUAUUGAUGCAGUCAUCAACACAUUUCAACACCCAAGAGCAGGAUUAACACAAGUUAUUGUAUAUGAAAUGUAUGUUGUUUUUUUUAAACUUGUUUUCCUUUACACUGAUGUAAUCUGUAACCCGCAGCACUUGAGUAAUAGCUUUUAAUUUCAUUUUGCGACUUUCUUACAUGGGAAGAUGUUUUCAAAUCGUAUUUUUAGCAGUAACAAAGGGAUAUUUAUUUUGUAUAAACCGUGCAUUUUCUAGUAUAAUGUGUGAUGUGAAUGCUUUCACAAAGAAUAAUAUUUCCAAAUGUAUCCAGCAAAUGUGCAAACCCUACACAAAGAUGUGUAAUCCUUGUUGAAAAAACGUUUUCUUUUGACAUAAUGUUUGUGCACAUAGUAAGCAAACUCAUUUCUGUACAGAUAUCUGGAUAGGAUUCAGCCAUAAGUGUGUCUAUGCACAAAAAACACUGGGGUCACACGUCAUCAGUCUCAGUCUAAAAUGGGAGUAUAUAGUGACAUUUUAUGUGCCAUAACAAAUGCAGCAAGAUUUGUAUUAUCUGUUUUUCUCCUCGUGUGAGCAACAUUUUUGAAAUGUUGCAUCUCAUUCAAUAAACCUGUGUGGAACAUUGUCAGCUGA